UAUUCAAAGGCAAUGGUCUUCCAAAUUGAAUGGCAACAAAUUUUGUUUAUUUAAUUUAAUGGUCAAGUUGAUGAUGGAUGAGUGUGGUAAUAAAACUAGGCCAACUAAUAUAUUUACGAAGUCCAAUUUUAAUUUCCCUGAAACAAUUUUAUUUUUUUUCGGGUGGCGAGAAUUGAGUAGUUUAGUUCACCAAAAAAAAAAUAGAAUUGAGUACUUUUAAGGAAAAGGAAGGGGGCGGGAAGAUACCACCUUCACCAGGCCAGGUCCAACGUCGUCGGCCCAUCAGCUACGGCGUCUGGUUGCCGCGUGGAAGGAAGGGAGGGCGGAGAAAACGUGGGGCCCAGAUUGAGCGGCCAAACCAAACCAACUCUGAGAGGAAGAUUUGAUGAGCUUCUCUCUUGGAGAGGACGAUGGAGAUUUUGAGAGGUGGUUUGAUUGGUACGUGGAUAAUGAAUGCUCGAACAAGAGGGUGGUUUGGAAUUAACGAUUUUGGGUAUAGUUAAUGUGUGUACUUAAGAAGAUUCGCCAAUCACAAAAAAAAUUUGAGACCAUUCAUAUCUUAUGAAUAAUAAUAAAUUCUAACAUUAGGUGAGGUAACAUUUUACAUGGGAAUUGAACACGAAAUCAUAUCGUGUCAAUCUCAUAACGUAAUUGCAAUUACCUUGUGCCCCUUAGGUGAGGUAACAUUUUAUGGACUUGAAUCGAGUAUGUUUUGCUUAUUGAUGCCUCUUAAUUAGUCACUGAAAGAGUCCUUAACAUUGUGUCAUGGAGUAAGACAGCUAUUGUCGUAUAAUCUGUUGGAAAUGUAUAUGAAUAGUUUUGAAAGCUAUAGAGUCUCAAGUGGAAAAACUACCACAUUGGUAGUUUUACUUGGUGAAAUGGGUAUAGAGAUAGGAGCCUCUCUCCCAAGUGGAAAAACCACCACACAUACGCGACCGUCCGACCGACCGGCCGGUCGGUUGGUUGGUUCACUUGAGACUACAUAUAUAUUUUUUACAGAAAUUCCGAACGAAAUUAAUUAUCUAAUAAUUAAUUAUUAAUCGGUUAUUCUGAGGAAUAUUCUAAGGGAUAAUCGACUGAAAAGGAAUAUUCGAAGGAUAAUCCCUCCGGGUUUAUCUUAACCGACGGUUUUAAUUAAGGAAGUAAUUAUCUUCCUUAAUUAAUCCGACUUAUUCCCCAAGCAAGAGGGUAUAUUCCUAGGGGUUCGGCUCCUAUAAAUAGCCGCCUCCCCAGCCCCUCUAAAAUGAUCACAACGAGCAGAAACACAAUAGAGAGAGUGUUUAGAGAGCUUCGGUUUUCGCACAAAACCGCGAGUAUUGAGAGGAGCUGUUUUAUCCUGGAGACGACCGGUUGAUAGUCUGUCGUGCGCAUCGAAGGCAGUGCCGCGAACGUCUUAAAGAGAGCGACCUAGUCCGCGACUCAGCUCCAGAUUCGGUAACCUCGUUCCUUUUGUUGUUCCGUUCCUAACAAUUUUAAGACGUUCGGCUGCUGCUAUGUCGACUGAACAGAACAACAUGGCCGGAUCUGGUGCUGUCGAUAUCAAUCGACCCUUUCGCUUCGUUGGGGUCAACUUCCGUCGCUGGAGGCAAAAGAUGGAGUUCUACCUGACAACCAAAAAACUGACCCACUGCCUCACCAGCAUGCCCGUUGAGCUGCCGGAAGAAGCGACCGAUGAGGAGAGGGCUGCUUCUGCCAGGGAAAGGGAGCAUGACUUCCUGUGCAAGAACUACAUCCUCAACGGCCUGGCAGACGAUCUCUACGACUACUAUGCGGACAUUAAGAACACCGCGAUGAUGAUCUGGGAUGCGCUCCAAAAGAAGUACGACACGGAGGAGGCUGGAGCUAAGAAGUAUGCUGUCAGUCGCUACCUGCGCUACCAGAUGGUGGAUGACAAGUCCGUCGAAGUUCAGUACCACGAACUUUAGAAAAUAGCUCAUGAGAUCGUCUCUGAAGGUAUGCCUCUGGACGAUCAAUUUCAAGUUGCUUGCAUUAUUGAUAAGCUGCCCCCUUCGUGGAAAGAUUUUAAGAAUAUGCUUAGGCACAAAACCAAAGAAUUUUCACUGGAAAGCUUGAUUACUCGCCUAAGGAUUGAGGAAGAGUCCCGCAAGCAGGAUAUGAAAGAAGAGGUGAUGGUUGUCACUGCUAAACGACCCACCCCUAGAGCUCUUAAACCUAACCAGAAAGGGUUUAAGAGUAAGAACCAGCAGGUCCGCCCCCGCCAGAAUGGUGCCUCUCGAGGUAACCAAAGGGUCAUGGCCCAAACCUCUAAGAAUGACCCACCGUUUAUCUGCUAUAACUGUGGAAAACCGGGUCAUAUGGCAAAGAAGUGCCGGAACAAGCAAAACCAUGCCGCUGCGGCCAGGGUUAACUUGACAGAAGAGGAUUUGAUAGCCAUGAUCACAGAUAUGAUCACUGAAGUUAACCUCACCGGUGACUCAGAAGGAUGGUGGCUGGAUACAGGUGCAUCGAAGCAUGUAUGCAACAAUCGUGCUAUGUUUAAAACAUACACAGAAGCACCUGCUGACAAGAAAGUGUUGUUGGGUACUACUCAUACCACUAUGGUUGCUGGUUCUGGUGAAGUGGAGCUGAACUUCACCUCUGGGAAGAAGAUGGUGCUCAAGGAUGUGUUGCACACUCCAGAGAUAAGGAAGAAUCUUGUUUCGGGAUAUCUUCUUAAUAAGGCUGGGUUUAAUCAAACUAUUGGGGCAGACUUGUAUACCCUUACUAAGAAUGGGAGUUUUGUGGGAAAGGGAUAUGCAUGUAAUGGGAUGUUCAAGUUGAAUGUCGAAAUUAAUAAGAUGAAUUCUUCAGUUUACAUGGUGUGUGAUUUGAAUGUUUGGCAUGCUCGUCUUUGUCAUGUGAACACACGAAUUGUGAAGAAUUUAAGCAAGCUAGGACAUAUCCCUAAACUCUCAAUGAAUGAAUUUGAUAAAUGUGAUUUCUGUAGCCAAGCUAAAAUAACGAAAACGCCCCAUAAAUCUGUGAGUAGAGAAUCAGAACCCUUAGAUCUUAUUCAUUCUGAUAUUUGUGAACUAGAUGGGACGUUAACUAGGUCUGGCAAGAGAUACUUUAUCACUUUCAUAGAUGAUUGCUCUGAUUAUUGCUUUGUUUAUUUGAUGAAAAACAAAAGUGAAGCCCUUGAUAUGUUCAAGGUAUUUGUGGUUGAAUUUGAAAAUCAGUGCAAUGAAAGAUAAAAAGACUUAGGAGUGAUAGAGGAUCAGAGUAUGACUCUAAUCCCUUCAAGGAAUUCUAUAGCUCACAUGGUAUCAUUCAUGAAACCACGGCACCAUAUUCACCAGAAAUGAAUGGUAAAGCUGAGCGGAAAAAUAGGACGUUUACAGAAUUAGUUGUGGCUAAUAUGCUCAAUUCUGGAGCUGCUUCUUCUUGGUGGGGUGAUAUUUUGUGACAGUUUGCUAUGUGCUAAACCGUCUUCCAAAAACAAAUAGAAAAGAAUCACCCUAUGAGAUCUUGAAGAAUAAGCCACCUAAUCUGUCCUAUUUAAGAACGUGGGGCUGUUUGGCCUACGUAAGAAUUCCGGAUCCUAAGAGGAUUAAAUUGGCUAGUCGAGC